AUGGCACACAUCUACGAUCUCGCUCCUCAACUCAUCUCGAGCAAUUAUAAAGACGGGAUUAGAGCCACCGACCAGGUCAGGUACCCAGACACGCCUGUCUUUCAGGGCUUCAAUAAACCGUCGCGUUUGGAAGGAGACGUCUACGACUUGGAAUUCACGGGCACCAUCCCGCCUGAGAUAAACGGUACGUUCUACCGCAUCCAGCCCGACCACCGGUUUCCGCCCAUAUUCGAGGAUGACAUCCAUUUCAACGGCGACGGGAGCGUCACCGCCAUAAGGAUCCAGAAUGGUCACGCGGACUUUAAACAACGGUAUGUUCAGACGGACCGGUAUAAAGCAGAGACAAGCGCGAGAAAAGCCCUCUUUGGAAGGUAUAGGAAUCCCUUCACGGACAACGAGACGGUGAAAGGCGUGAUCCGGACGGCGGCAAACACGAACAUUACCUUCUGGCGCGGUGUAUUGCUGGCAAGCAAGGAAGAUGGCCCUCCGUAUAUCAUGGACCCCGUUACUCUGGAAACAAUCGGCCGAUACGACUUCGAAGGACAAAUCCUCACACCUACCUUUACAGCGCACCCCAAGUUCGACCCAGACACAGGAGAAAUGCUGUGCUUUGCAUAUGAGGCUGGCGGAGAUGGCCAUGAUGGCUCGAACGAUAUUGUAGUUUGGACGAUGGACAAAGAUGGCAAGAAGACCGAGGAAUGCUGGUAUAAGGCCCCAUUUUGCGGAAUGAUCCACGACUGUGGUGUCAGCAAGAAUUACAUGGUGUUACCGUUGACGCCCAUUAAGUGGACGGGCAUGGAUAGGCUGAAGAACGGAGGUAACCACUGGGCGUGGGAUCCAAAUGAAGACCAGUGGUAUGGUGUUGUUCCUAGACGGGGUGGAAAACCAGAGGACAUCGUUUGGUUUAGGGCUGAUAACGGAUUCCAUGGCCAUAUCGCAGGAUGCUAUGAGAAUGAAGACGGCCACAUUGUCUUCGACCUCACAGUCGCGGACGGCAAUGUAUUCUUCUUCUUCCCACCUGUCAAUGAGAAAGAAGGACCCCUCGCCAAGCGCAAUCAACUGCGAAGUCCGACCACUCGAUGGAUAUUUGACCCCAAAGCCAAGUCAGGAACAAGAGUCACUCCCGCAGAGACUUGGAUGACGAACGGCGAGUUCUCCCGGAUCGACGACCGGUUCGUGACCAAGAAAUACAAGCACUUUUGGCAGGCAAAAGUCGACCCGACGAAGCCUUAUGAUUUUGUAAAAUGUGGCUCGCCGGCAGGAGGCUUAUUCAAUUGCUUAGGCCAUUACAGUUGGGAUGACAGGACUGAGGACGUUUUCUUCGGGGGACCGACCGCGACCUUUCAAGAGCCCGCAUUCAUACCUAAGGAGGGAGGUGCUGAGGGAGAAGGCUAUCUCAUUGCAUUACUCAACCAUCUUGACGUCCUUCGGAACGACAUCGUCAUUAUGGAUGCACUAAACGUGGCCAAAGGGCCGCUGGCGGUGAUACACCUGCCUUUCAAACUGAAGCUGGGCUUGCACGGGAAUUUCGUCGACCAUAGAGACAUCGAUGAAUGGCAGAAGAGAAGGUCCGACUCGGGCGAUAUUGGACCAGCUGAGCCAGCGAAUAAACCUUUACCCUGGCAGAUCCGCGCAAGGGAGUUGGGCGAGAAUGGGCAGAGUGGAAAUGGGCACAAUGGAGUCAAUGGCGCCGCAUCCAAUAGCGUAGACGGUAGCCACAAAAGUGCCAGGAUUGAACAAUAG